AUGUCACUUCGGUUGAACGCAGCAGCACAUCGCUUAUGCAGAGGGGCAGCUGGGUUCGCACUGCCGGAUCUGCUGCUUUUCCGGAGAACCAGAUCUGGUGGCUCCGGCGGUACCAAAACCCGCACCAGAGCUCGUCAAGCCUCCCGCCGCGCCAGAUCCGCCGCCACCUUCGCUGGUACCACCAAAAGUCGCCGAUUUUGUCGCAAAUCCGGAUCUGCUACCUCUCCUGCAUCCCGAUCUCGUCGCUCCGCCAGUAGCAAAGUAGCCAAAUCUUAUGGCUCCGCCGGUAACCGAGUCGUUCCGGAUUUGCGGGAGAGCGGAGGUGGCGGCAGAUCUGGCACAGUGGGAGGCUUGACGAGUUCUGGUGCGGGUUUUGGUACCGCCGGAGCCACCAGAUCUGGUUCCCGGAGAAGCAGCAGAUCCGGCAGUGCGAACCCGGCUGACCCUCUGCGUAAGCGAUGUGCUGCUGCGUUCAACCGAAGUGACAUUGCUCUUGAGCCUAUGACGGUCGACACUUCAUUUCCUAUGAAUCUGGCGCUGCCCAGCCCCGUGAGCGAGAAGAUCCUGAAGGUUAAAGAAGGUGAUAAGUCGCGUUAUACAGCAACUCGAAUAUGUCUCCAAAAUUUCUCGAACUGGAUUUUGGCGGAAAGCUCAGUUGGAGGGGAGCUUGCUCGGUCCAGAAUUCACUACCUGGCAAAUGUGCUGAUACAGAGGCAGGUCAUUACUAUUGGGAGUCUCGAAGAUGCCAUAGCUUUGGCCAUACUAAGGAGGGAGUAUGGUUAUAGAGGCCAAGUCUCACUGUGCUGUUGUGAAUCUGGGAAAACUGAUGAGGUGAGGAAUGCCUUGCCAAACAUACUGGGUGUCCAAGUGAAAUGGACCGGGAAGAAAAGGAAGCUUUCUGCGCCACUGCAGGAUUGAUGUUGUGCAUGAUUCACGAGGUAGCAUCUAACUCUAAAUAGGAAUGGAAGAGGUGUCUAGUAGAAAGCAUUGGAAUACUCUGAGGCGGCAUGUUGACUUUUACACUGAGGAUGGUAGGUUGCUAUUGAGAGGUUUAACCCUGAAAAGUCUUAAAUAGGAUGGUAAGUAGUAGUAGAAGGCCUAGUAGUUUAGUGGUUUCUCUGCCAAAACCCUACUUAAAUAUAGAUAGAUGAUAUGAGUUGUUUGUUGUGAGUACUGUUCUAUCGGAUCGUUUCCUGUUGUCACUACACAUCUUUUGGUCCUGAGUUCUGUCUUGAGCGAGUCUGGUUUGGUGUACCGUCGAACCGCUGCCUUUCUGUUGGAGACUCGUUUCCACUAUCCUCUGGUUUAAGCAAGCUAUGUAGUGACGAAUUUCUGUGAACUUUGAAAGUUGGAACAGACAGAACAGUUAUCUUUGAUGCACGCAUCCAUUGUCUGUCAUUAUAGUAUACUAGAAUCAAU